CAACAUUUGGAUGCCUGUUUUCCCCUGCGUCAAUCAACCGUUGUUUGCACGGUGUUCAAACAAAGGCAGUGAUUUUACAAAAGUUUCUUUCAAGUUGAGGGGGAAAGAAUUGACAAAAUGCCACCCUGGGGACGAGGGCGGAUUCAGAAAGAGCUCAUUAAAGGGGAAGACAGCUGUUCACCUCUCCAAGUUUCAUUUCCUUCCCGUCAGAGCCAGUCCAAAGUCAAAGCACCAUAAACUGUCCAUCAGUCAUAGAAGAGCUGUGUUUCCUCCUUCCUUAUACUGAGUCGGCUACUAAACGAGCUCAAGCCAAGUCGGGAGGCUUAAUGAGGAUCACGAACCAAAGGAUCCAGGGGUAUUCUUCCUAAUUAUUUUUGGUUUAUGGUGUAUUUUUCUCUUUUUCUCUCCCCCCCUCUAAAUAUUUGACAAUUUAACUCGGAACUCACAAGUGGACUUCGUUGAACACAAUGAAUUACGGUGACACAGCUCAAAGUUAACUUGAGAAACUUGCGGAUUUCACAUUUGGAUUUAUUUCAGGGAGCUGGAAAAGCCUAAUUCAAGAUGCUGAGAAAGGGAGAAUGGGUCUGGGUGGACUCAAAGAUCGCGGUCCCCAUUGGAGCCCGGGUCAAAGAAACGCCAUCUGGUCAGAGGCUACUGGUGGACGAUGAGGGAAAUGAGCGGCGCCUGUCCCUGGAGGAGGAAGCCUCGCUCAAGAUCAUGCACCCGACAUCUGUGGAGGGGGUGGAUGACAUGAUCAAGCUCGGGGACAUGACAGAGGCUGCCCUCCUCAGGAACCUGCUGCUCAGACACAAGCAAGGCCACAUCUACACCUUCAUAGGUUCCGUUUUGGUGGCAGUGAAUCCCUACCAGGAUUUUCCGAUAUAUUCACCCGAGCAGGUGGAUUUAUAUCACAGCCGGAAGCUCGGAGAACUCCCCCCGCACAUCUUUGCCAUUGCUGAGUCCUGCUACUUCAACAUGAUGCGCAACCUCAGAAACCAGUGCUGCAUCAUCAGCGGGGAAUCCGGAGCUGGGAAGACGGAGAGCACAAAACUGAUCCUGCAGUACUUGGCAGCGGUCAGCGGGCAACUCUCCCAGCAAUCGAUCGAAAAUCAGAUCCUGCAGUCCAACCCAAUUCUGGAAGCUUUUGGGAACGCCAAAACAAUCCGCAACGACAACUCCAGCCGCUUCGGCAAGUACUUGGAGAUCUUCUUCAACAAAGACGGGGUGAUCGAAGGCGCUCGUGUGGAGCAGUACCUCCUGGAAAAGUCUCGAGUGUGCCAUCAGGCCUCAGAGGAGCGAAACUACCAUAUAUUUUACUGCCUGUUGGCAGGAAUCACCACUGAAGAGAGGAAGAAUUUGAGGCUUGGUCAUUCCAAGGAAUAUAACUACAUUACUAAGGGCAACUGCAUCGUGUGCGAAGGCAGAGACGAUGCUAAAGACUUCAGCCGCAUCCGCUUGGCCAUGAAGACGCUGAACUUCUCGGAAGACCAGUUCCAGGAAAUCCUCAAGCUGCUGGCGGCCAUGUUGCACCUCGGAAACGUCAGCUUCAAGGGCUCCGUCAUAAACAACCUGGAAACCAGUGACGUGGGCGAAUCGGAGAGUUUCACCAUCGCCUCGUCGCUGCUGCAGGUGCAAAGGUCUGUCCUGGCCAACGGCCUGACGCAUCGGUCCUUUAUGGCCAACAGAGAGCGAGUCACUAAGGCCCUCAGCGCCGAGCAGGCCACCGACUGCAGGGACGCCUUUGUGAAGGCAAUCUACAACAAACUCUUCAUAUGGAUCGUUGGAAAAAUCAACAGUGUCAUCUAUCAGAAACUGUCCGACAAACCCAGUUCUUCGCUUCUGUCCAUCGGCCUGCUCGAUAUCUUCGGCUUUGAGAACUUCCAAACAAACAGUUUUGAGCAGCUUUGCAUCAACUUCGCUAACGAGAAGCUGCAGCAGUUCUUUGUGGCCCACAUCUUCAAGCUGGAGCAGAAAGAGUACCAGAAAGAGGGCGUGCUGUGGAACAACAUCCAGUUCACCGACAACCAGAAAGUCCUGGACCUUCUGGCCGGGAAGCCGUGCAACGUGCUCGCUCUGAUCGACGAAGAGAGCCACUUUCCGCAGGGGACAGACUCCACCCUGCUGACCAAGCUGAACGGAGAACAUAAGGGAGACAAGGCCUACAUCAGUUCCAAGCGCAAUCACGAAACAGACUUUGGAAUUCGCCACUUUGCCGGCCCCGUUUACUACAACACCAACGGAUUUCUGGAAAAGAACAGAGACGGAGUCAGUUAUGACAUCAUUAAAACGAUCGGCGUCUCCACCAGUAAGCUCCUCCGGGACAUCUUUGAGAAGGACAUGGCAACCAACGGAGUGAAGGCAACUAAAACCGCAAAGUUCAUCUUGACGCCGCAGAGCUCACCACGGAUGCAGAACGACAAACGCAAGCAGAUGCCGACGCUGAGCAGUCAGUUCCGAGUGUCUCUGGACUCCCUCAUGAAGGCUCUGUCCGCCUGCCAGCCCUUCUUCAUCCGCUGCUUCAAACCCAACAACGACAAGCAGUCUAAGAAAUUUGACCGAGAGCUGUGCUUGCGCCAGCUGAGGUACUCCGGCAUGAUGGACACCAUCCGCAUCAGGAAGCUGGGGUAUCCCGUGCGUCACAAAUUUGAGGACUUCCUGGUGCGCUACCGAGUCCUGCUGAAGACCACCGUCUGCAAUCCCAGAACCACCGACGCCGCAGUCUGUUGUGAAGCCAUCUGCAAGGCUGUAAUCAAAGGAAGAGACGAGUGGAGAAUUGGAAGGAAGAAAAUUUUUCUAAAGGAUGCCCACGACGCUGUUCUGGAAAAUCUGCGGGAAGCAGAACUGAGCAGGGUGGCCGUGGUGAUCCAGAGGGUCAUGCUGGGAAUCAAAGACAGAAAGCUCUUCCUGAGGAAACGGGGCGCGGCCGUGGUGCUGCAGAAGCAAUGGAGAGCUUACAGAGAGAGGAUAGUGCAGAAGAAGAUUCAGCAGGGUUUCGGGCGCCUGGUGUCAAAGGUCCGCGGUCGGAAGCUUAAGUCUCAGUACCAGAGACGGCGAGCGGCUGCCAUCGUCAUCCAGAGCCAGGUGCGAGGCCACCGGGCGAGGAAAGACUGCCGGCGGAAGAGAGAAGAAAUCGCCCAUCAGGCUUUGCUCUUAGAAAUGGAGAGGCAGGAGCAAGAGGAUCUCGGAGAAGAAAUCCAUCAGAGGCUGAUGCAAGUCGCUGAAGAACAAGCCGACAUAGAAUCACAAAAAUCUGGCAGAUCUCACAAAUCUGAGAAAUCUAGUGAAUCUGAGAAAUCUAGUGAAUCGGAAAGCUCCAGUGACUCUGAAUCGGAGGACGGCUCAAAUAAAAACCUCCAACUCUCUGAUGAAGACAUGGAAGACAAAAGAUCAGACGCCCAGGGCAUUCGGGAGGCAAACGAGAAAAGCCCUCGCAGUUCGAACCAGAUGACGGUCGUCGUCACGCAGUCCUCUAACUCAGCGAGCUCCACGCCGUCGCUGGACGAGGAGGAGGAGGAAGAGAUUGAUGAUGGCUUUGACGACGAGAGCGACAUAUUCUCCUUUUACAACUUCAGCAAACGCCACUUCCAGAAGGACGAGGACCACAAGCACACCGCACAGAGGCUGAAGCAGCCGCUGCUGCACCACGAGGACGAAGCAGAUGCCCUGGCGUCUCUGACCGUGUCCUGGAUUAUCAUGCGGUUCAUGGGCGACAUACUGGAGCAGAGGCCUGCAGACUCCAUAUCUCAGCACUCCAGCACCCUCUCCCAGAGCACCCUGUCCCGCCUGCUUCCAAACAGGCAAGGCCGGAGGCUGAGCAAUCUGGUGGGGCUGGAUCAGAAAAUCCUGAGGAAGAACAAGAAAAAGUUUGGCCCUGGGAACAGAAAAGCCUCGGCCAUCUUGGAGGAGCCAGAGAACUUGACCGAGGACGAGGACAUUCUGGUGGGAGAGAGCACGACGCUGGAUCGACAGCUCACACAGCUGGAAAAGCUGCACAUUAUCGUUGGAUAUGGCCUGUCGCGGCAGGGCAUCAGGGAUGAGAUCUACUGUCAGAUCUGCAAACAGCUGGUGAACAACAGGAACAGGAAGAGCUGCAUGCAAGGCUGGACUCUCCUCUCCCUCUGUCUGGGGAUCUUCCCUCCAACAAGCCUCUUCAUGGAGUGUUUGGAGAGCUUCCUUCGAAGAGGUCCAUACGGUUACAGAGAGUACUGCAUUGAGAGGCUGCAUCGCAUAGUAGCCAACGGAGAGAGAAAAGAGCUCCCCUGUUGGCUAGAGCUGAAGGCCGCCAACAACAAGGAGCCCAUUGAUUGGCCGGUGACACUAAUGAAUGGUGAAACGGUCAAAGUGCAGCUGGAUUCAGCCUCCACCUCCUCAGAAGUCUGCCAGGCUGUGGCUAACAAGAUCGGACUCAAGGACACCUUUGGGUUCUCCGUCUACAUCAGCUUCUAUGAAAAGAUGUGGUCUCUGGGAUCCUACGGGAAGACCCACGUGUUGGAUGCCGUGUCUCAGUGCGAGCAGGAAAUGAGGAGGCAGAACAGGGAGGAGAAGGAUACGCCCUGGAGCCUCUCCAUCCGCAAGGAGCUGUUCUCGCCGUGGCACGACUGCGACCAGGACGCAGUGAGCACAGACCUGAUCUACAAGCAGGUCAUCAAGGGCAUCAAGUCUGGAGAAUACGUCAGUGAGAAGGAGGACGAAUACGUCCAGCUGGCUGCGAAGCACUACUUUGUCCAGUUCGGCUCCCAGGAGCCCGCCAGAGAGAGGGUGCAGAGGGUGGUCCAGGAGUGCAUCACAACCACGCGGAUCGAGAACAGAUCCAUGACGAUGUGGAUUGAUCUCAUCACGGCAGAACUCUCAAAGGAGAGCUAUAACAACGGGAGACUGCAGGCAGAAAAGGUGAAAGGAGACGUGGUGGACAUCGCCCGGCAGAACUGGCCGCUCGACUUCUCCAAGCUUUACGAAGUCACAAUGACGUCAGGACCCCCGUUGCCCAAAAGCAGAUUUUUUGUGGCCGUAAACUGGAAAAGCAUCGUCUUCAUGGAGCGAAGGGAGAAGCUCCUGCUGGAGAUUCCCUACGUAGAAGUGAAGAAAGUCCAGAUGCCGAGCGACAGCCACCAGUCGGUGAGCGUCGACACGCUCAGAGGACAGUACACCCUGAGGUGCCAGGAUGCGGCGGACAUGGCAAAGAUGAUGCAGUACAACGUGAACGGGCUGAGACAGCGCUCCGUGUACGCUAUGGUUCAGCAGGACGUUCCCAAACAAGACGAUCCCAGCUACCUGAUCUGUAAGCGGGGGGACCUGCUGCUGGUGGAAAAAGACAGCUAUCCGCCAGACAGCGACUUGUUCACAGCCAUCAACCAGAGGACCAAAAGCAGAGGGGUGGUUUACAAGGACAAAAUGGAGUUUCUCCCGACUCUGACCGAACCCGCUGAGGAUAUGCUGAACCUGCUCAGCCCGAAGCAGCGGAAAGCCUCCGUCCCAACCAUCGUCCCUCUGGUCGAAGAGACGGUGGCUCCCGUCUCUUUGAAGGAGUUUGCUCUUGAGAAUUUCAGAUCAGUCGGUAAAGGCGGCGGCCGUGGUUCCAAGGGCUCCAGCAAGGAGAAGCUGUGGAUUUUCUCCAAGGAGCCCAUCAAACAGCCGCUCUUGAAGACUUUGCUUAACAAUCCAGAACUCAGCAACAUGGCCUGCAACGCCUUCAUUGCCAUCUUGAAGUACAUGGGCGACUACCCCAUCAAACAUUCUCGAAGUGCCACGGAGCUGACUGACCAGAUCUUCGGUCCAGCCACUAAGCAUGAGGAGCUGCAAGAUGAAAUCUACUGCCAGAUAAUGAGACAGAUGACCACAAAUAGCAGCAGGAUGAGUGUGGAUCGUGGGUGGCAGCUGACAUGGAUGUGCACAGGCUUGUUCCCGCCAGGUCCCAGAUUAAGGACACACGCGCAGCGCUUCCUGGAGUCCCGGCCCAGGGACCCGCUGGCUGCCGGCUGCUUACAGAGGUUUCGGGAUUUUUCCAGUAAAGAGCCCAGGACACUUCCUCCCCAUCAAGCAGAGGUGGAGGCCAUCCAGCAGAACAGCACUCAGAUCUUCUAUAAAGUCCACUUUCCAAAUGACACAGAUGCUCUGGUCGAGGUUUCCUCCACGAUCACGAACAGGGAACUGCGCCACAGCAUCGCCGCCCAGCUCUCGCUGAGCUCAGCAGAGGGAUUCGGCCUGUACAUGAAAGUGACACAAAAGAUGAUGAGCCUGGAUGAGGACAAGUAUUUCUUUGACAGUCUAAGGCAACCUCCAGAUGUUAAUAAGAAAGGGAAAAAAGUGAAAGAAGUCAGUCAGUCCAAUGCGCCGCUCCUGGUGGUCUACAGAAGGAAGCUCUGGUUCAACGUGAUCCCAGGAAAAGAUCUCAUCGCAGAUCUCACUUUUCAUUACCCGCAGGAGGUGCCUAAGUACCUGCGGGGAUACCACACCUGCACCAAAGAGGACAUGUUUAAUCUGGGUGGGCUCCUGUUCAGAGUGGCCGUGGACUCAGACAGAUCCCAGUUUGUCAUGAUCCCCAGAAUGCUGAACGAGCUGGUUCCUUUCGACAAAGUACAAAUGAUGCAGCCUGAAGAGUGGAAGAAGAACAUCAUCUCGUCGUAUAACAAGCAGAGCGGCAUGACUGUGCAAGAGGCCAAAAUUGCUUUCCUGAGAGUCAUUUCGAGCUGGCCAAACUUUGGCUGCUCCUUCUUUGACGUUAAACAAACUUGUGAGCCAGGGUACCCGAACACACUCUGGUUUACGGUCAGCAAGAAAGGUGUUAGCCUAAUCGACCCCAAAACAAAGGAGCUGCAAGUGAUGCACCCGUUCAACCGUAUCACAGACUACAGCAGCACAGGCAACGUUUUCCAGAUGACCAUCCGCACCCUGGUGAAGGGCAUCAACUUUGUGUGUGCAACCCCACAGGCCGGCACAAUAGAGGACCUCGUCAAGUCGUACGUCAGGAUGUACGAGGAGCAGAAGAUGAUCUCUCGACCGAAGAACAACAUGUUUCCCUGAGGCUUCACACUGAGCCGCUCGGAUUUCCACGCACUGUUAUUCAGUAUCUUUAAGUUUAUGCAUUUGUAAACAAUAAAUGAUAAUGCUGUCCAUUAUAAAUCUUGCCCCUAUUAAAAGAAUAGUGAUAUUCAAAUGUCUCUGCA